AUGUCUAAUAAUAUACAAGGUCUUGAAGUACUUGAGGAACUUCAAGAAGAAGUUCAACAAAAUUUGGAAAGGCAAGAAAAUCGCCGUAAAAUUAUUAAAAGCAAUUCUGACAACAGCAAAAACAUUUUGCCAAUGAUAACUGGGGCAGUAAUCGUUGGAACUGUAUUUGGUUUGUGCAUAUUGUCAGGACAUAGUUUGCCGAUAUUUGGAAUAGGCGCGGUUGUUGGAGCAGCAGCUGUAGGAUCGGUUCUUGGAGGAGGAAAUGGAGGAUGUUCUGGGAGAGGAGUUGUAGUGGCUCCUAAAGGAGAAACUGUUCGAUCUAUUGAAGGAGUAAUUGUUGGAGCUAUUGAAGGAGGAAGUGUAGUGACUGUAAAGGAAGAUGAUGGAAAUGUCAAUAAGAAAAUUUAA